AUGUAUUUGAAGAAGUCUUCAAGUGCGUGUAAAUUUUAUUUUCAGACUUGUGGUCCAUUAACAGCACGUAUAGGACCUCCAGGUCCUCCAGGCUCUCAAGACGAGAUGACGAAAGAGAAGUCCAGGUCCAUAGGAGAUGUAGGAGAGAAAGGAGAGAAUGGAAGAAUUGGAAUGCGAAGUUUGAGAGGAGCAACAGGAAGAUAA